CAGCUGGACUGGUCCAUUAUUCACGGUAAUUGCGUCUCCAGUGACUUGAACAAAUCGGUGGAGGCGCAACGUAAAUGACGCCAUGUGAACAUUCAAAGCAGUUCGAGCAGUAGACGCUACCGAACAUUUUAUGUACCCCGAAAAAUGACUUUCAACAACACGACAAAGUACGAUUGUAUUGACAAAUUAUAUGGUAUUUCUUUAAUUUCCCCCAUCUAUUAUUGAGUACGACCUCGCGCGUGGUGGUAAAGAGAGUAAUGUUUGAUUUUCUUCGUACAGGCAAAGAUCGUUCACUGCAACAGCGGGUUCUCUUCGCCCGCACAUUAGAUUGCAUGAAACUGCCACGAAAGUGGAAAUAAAUCAUCGUCCGUGGUAAAAUAAAUAACAAAACAGAACUUAAUUCGAUGUUUUUUUCCGUUUCUCCCUCUCUGUCGGUGUGAGCCCGCUACCAUGACGGAAUGCAUGUUUUUGCCACAUUCUUUUUCGUCUGCGUUUGAUUUUAAUAUUCUUUAUAGUUGAUAUAAAUAAAGAAAAGUGACAUAAUUUACCAUCCUAGUGCUUUAAUUUAUCUAGCAGCAGCUUAUAAAUUAUACCCUGGUCUUGGUUCUAGACGGAAGGGAAAAUAGAAAAUAAACUUGUAAAAAGUGAUACUAAGGUAACCGUUCGCAAUAAGAACUCGCAGGUUAGCUGAAAGUAUGAAACUCGGCCACAAACGGCCUGUUUGAUGAGGGUAAACAGUAUGCGUCAGACGAUUGUUUGCAUUUUAUUUGUUGACAUACCCGUCUUAAAAGCAUUCCCAGACAGAGUAGGACUACGCGUCUUUUGUUACAAGCUUGGUAAAACAAACGCUACUUACAAUUGUCAAACAAAUUAAGUUAAACUUUUACCACUACCGAUUGUUUAGUUUCGACAUGAAAGGAAGAGUGCUUCGAGUAAGAUUUUUAACUUAUGAGACGAAAAACAUUGAAAUUCAAUUUACUCCAAAACAGAACCACCGCUAAUCGCCCGGUAGGGGCUCCUACGCUGCGGGGGCUGUCCGGGGUCAUCGCUUAGUUAAUUUCCAAUGAUUUGUGCCCGCUUUUAAGUGGAAUUGGUAUGCUGCUAGGUUAUUGAUGUUUUUUUUAUUUCCCAUCGGCCGAGCAGCGCGCGCUGCUCGCCAACCAUAAACGGACUGCGAAAAGUGAAGUAACCUAAUUAGUAUGCAAGCGGUGUGAUUUGUUUUCGGAACGGAUCGCAGCGUCUUAAAAGCAGAGAAUUUAUUGAAUAUUUACUUAAUUGGGAAGAAAGCGGAAUGUGUGCCAGCUGCUGCUUCCGCGACACAACCGCGUUGGUGUUUAUUCGAUCACGUCGUGGUUGGUUGGUUGGUUUCGCCUCUCGCUGGGGGAGGACUCUGUUGGCUUUAUAGGCCUAAAAUGACUUUUUACACCCAAUGUUGUGUCUGGCACGAGCAAAUUAUUGAUAAUCCUACUGCUUUUAUUGAUAGUUACUCACAAAACAAAUCCAUCGAAUCAGUACUAUAAACCGUGCAAAUAUCAAUCUAUUUUCACAGCCAUGACCAUGAGUUCUCUUAUUUGCAUUUACAGCAAAGUUGAAAUAAAACGCUAUAUCUGCAUUCACAAUAUCCAAAUUGUCAUUCUAGGUAGGUACGAGUGAAAAAUUGAUCAAAAUUCAAAUGUUUCUGGCGUUUCUUGCUUUUGUACAUUCAAAGUUUUUUACAAGAUUUUUUUACGCGAUUUCAGGAUGUACACUUUCUAUGUGGCUUCUCUAGGAAGUUUGUUUUCUCGCGGUAUGCUUUCAUUUUUUUUUUUUUGUAAUUCCUUCAUUCAGAGUGUCGUAACCCUUUUAAAUAAUCAACAGAUCGUCAAAGAUUAUCCCGAUUAAGAGACUAUCACGGCGAAUCAUUUUGCUGUUUGGCGUGUAAAUGCUCCAAAGUGGAACCCGGUCAAAACCUGAUCGACGCAAUGCAAGGUUGUCUGCUGGAUGGCGCAAUACAAAACAGAACGGAACAGAGAACACGAAAAGACACAUGCAGUCCUUGAAUCGUCAGUUUGUCACAGUGAAUGUUUUUGUUUUCAUAUUAAUUAAAGACAAUAUUUAUGAUCACGCAUAUGGACACGAUAGAUUACGAUUUUUUUUCUGUGAGAUGCGAGACAGAAAUGUAACGAAUUAAAACACCGUUCUGCUUGACAUAUCCCUUGUAUCUUGUGAUUUUAUUUUCGUUUCACAGUUCAUCAGCACAUCGAAGCUUAAAUUCGGCGUGUCAUCACACCAGCUGUUCAAUCUCACGUGAAGUAGAGAUUUUUUUUAGUUUCCAUUUCUAUUGUGCUGAAUAAAACAUCAUUUUUUGAAGCUGAAAUUAUUAACAGCAGUAAUUAAAACAAACAUUAAACAGUGACCACAACAGCUAGCACCCGCUUAACGUCACGUAAGGUUAACAGUUAACAAACUGCGACAGUUACCUACAAUGACAGCCAACAACAAAAAAGUAAAAACGAACUGACAAAUACGCCAAACCCACGCCACGCGCCCGCACCAAUGCACCGAAUGCAAUAAUUCAGUCAAAACGGUCCUCAUCGUGUCUCUUGCUGCUGAUACAGAAGAGCCACUUAGCACUGAUUGCCAAAAACAUGCGAAUUAAUUCACCUAGUAUGUAGAAUGGAAACGCUAUUUCUGAGUUCGGUUAUUCGUACAUAAACUAGGUCAGCCAUAACUAUAAUUUCACGAUUAGAUUUCGAGACACAAUACUCUCUCGUCCAGUUUUGGAGAGCUUCUAUACACAUGAAAAAAUCCAAUUAUAACACGCAUUCACAUGCAAAUGAAAGCGCAUGUUUACUUUUUGCUCAAUUUGCAACUUUUAUAUGGGCAGCUUGGACGAACAUCCUCUGCCACCCAGCGUAUGAAUACGCGACAGACGGCAGCCAGACGUCCAAUUCGGAAAUGAUUGAUAUGGGCUUGGGCUUUGUCGGUAGCCGACAGGAGACAUUAUCUGGCCUUUGUGGUAGUAGUCACGCGGAAAUUUGACAGCGCUCGUGUUUCGUUUUCGAAUAUACCUAAAUCGGACAGUACGCAAGGUGAGCCCAUGAUUAAUUGACUUUACUCUAUCAAUAUCCUGUGAACAUUGAGCUCGGGAUCUGUAGCACGGCGACAAAGAAUUUGAGAGCGAAGGAGGAUGAAAUAUAGCACUGUCCAAAGCAGAGAACGGCAUAACCGUGCAUGGUGUCACUUGAUAAUGGACCUGUUGCUUCUGAUCAUGAUCUGGCAUCAAACGGAUAUUAGAAUAACUAAUUACGAUGAGCAUCUAAUCGAGAUCUAUACACAUUACUGGCACGUUGAGUUAUCGCUGACUAGCAGGGUUGCAGAAACAGAUGCACCCGAUGCAGUUUUUGUUUUUUUUGACGUAGAAAUACGUAUCUCAGGAACUUCUGCAACAAGUGAACUGAAAAUCUGAAAAUGGGAAAUCAGAAAAUACGUCGGUGUUCGUUCUUGUGAUUGGUAAAUCAUCUCUGCACAAAUGCAAUUUUUAACUUAUUUAUUCAAAGCAUUGUACUUUUGAAUUUUUCAAGCCUUGUUGAAAGAUUAUCAAGUGUUAUUUUAACCUUCAUGCACUCUGACUGCUAAAACUCAUUUACGCCGCAUAAUUUUUUUUCCAUUCCUGUCGUAUUUAUAGGCGCAAUUUUAAAUUCGGAAGCACUUGAACUGCUAUUUUGCACAAAAUUAUAGGAAUAUUCAAUACACUUUAUUCAAAAUGUUGGAACGCCUUAACAAAGAAGUUUGUAUAUUCAGCUGCAACAGUAAUUCGAACUUCAUCCUCAUCCUCAGCAACACGCAACAGCUUCAGCCGUAAAUCGAUCGGAUAAUGUAAGCGUCUAUCAUUCAAAUAAUUCGCUAUCACUUCCAAUGCAAUAUGUUUUUUGUAGGUACUAUCCAGUUUACCAUGAUAGCUUAGUACCCAGCGCUUUGGACCCCACUGAGCCCCCAGUCCUGAGCAUGAACGAAACCAAACUGGCAAGAAGUUUAUGCUUGCUGCCAUACAUCGCUGAGCUAUUCGACAUCAUUCAAGAUAUUGUAGCAGUACCUGUUGAUGCCCUCUUUCAGGCAUAGUUUACCUGACCCUUAAAUGUAAACUUAUCUUCAAACAUAACCCCCAAGAGCUUCAAAGAUCGCUUUGAGGCAAUGGUGCAGUCUCCGACACUGACCACCGCCUGUUACUCUGUUUUGCGGUUAUUCACAACCGUGACUUCCGUCUUAUGAUGCGCUAACUCCAGUUUCCUGGAGUGCAUCCAGUCUUAGACCUUGCGUAUACAAUGCGCGGCCGUCAACUCGACCUCCUCUAUAUGGCAACUAGUUGGUCAGCAGUCGGGCGGAGGCAACUGCCUUCAUCGCGCUCUCUUCUCAUUGCCUCUACGAAUUCCUCGACAUCGAAAUGCGAUGUCUGUCACCCGCGAAUGGUCUUAGUGUUGGCUCUACCCGUCACAUGCCGCCUCACGUUGUUGUUUACAUUAUAGCAAACCGACUGGUGGUCGCUAUUGGUGUAGCCAUCGUUUACCCUCCAAUUCGUAAUCAGUCCUGGGCUGGUGAACGUCACACCGAUGAUCGACUCCGCACCAUAUCUGCUAUAUGUACAUUUGGUUUCAACGUUUGCCAGAUCUAAGUUGAGCUUUGUCAAAGCUUCUCACAGGAUAUGACCCCUCUGGUUCGUAGAGCGACUUCCCCACUCAACAGCCCAAGCGUUGAAGUCACCCGCCACCACCAACAGCGUUAGACCUAUUAGCUCUAUGGAAAGCUGGUCGACCAUCUGGGUGAACCUUUCGGUAGACCAACGUGGCGGAGCAUAGCAACUGCAGUAGAACACUCCGUUCACCUUGGUAACCGCGUACUCUUCGUUUGAGUUCGAAACAACCUCCUAAAUCUGGAACCUGGUAGUCGUCCAUACGGCCGCCACACUGGACUUAUCCGCGACCCAGUUACCGUUACCGGGAGGUAUGCGGUAUAUGUCCGUUACGAUGGCGAAGUUCGACAGCGACUUAGCGCCGCAUAGCAGUGGUUCAGGUUCAGUUGCGUCACCCUUAUGCCCGGCUGGGCAUCUUAGCCCUCCCAUAACGUGUUUGGCGUCCCGUUUUCCGGAACAUACUUGGGACAACGCCUGCAUAACUGGCUUCUGUCGGGCCUCUUGCAAGUCCAGGACUCAUGACCUCCCUCAAAGCACCUGGAGCAAACGUCCGGUUGCUGGAGUAUACCUAGAGGGAAAGAAUGCUGUGUUUUUCGCAUCCUUUUGAGGUUCAAGAAUCAUCUUGCCAGUGCGAAAUCGACGGCUGGCCCGCACAUCCGCCCCUAAAUCCUUGAGCUGGGUUUCUCACCUCAUUUUCUCCAAGACUUCAAAGUACUUAGAGCCGUCAGUCUUGAGUAUGAGGGCGACCCCGCUGCUCCUCACUUUUUUUAUCCUUGGCUGACGUUUUCUCGCCGCUCCAUCUGGUGCUUUUACCUUCCUGACACCCUUUUCCUACUACGGUUACCCAUGGGUUUCCCGCAGUCGCCGCUCCGGUUGAUGAACCGGCAUUUGAGCUUGUUGGUGUGCUAGCUUGCGAAGCUAACUCCACAAACCCCUUCUUCACGUUGUCUGGGUCCGCUUUCCCCGAGAACUGCCUCAUUCCCUUACCGACCUGCCCCGUAGAGCAGAUCGCGGUGAUUGAAGGCAUGAGGCCUGAACUUGUUUAAAUUCAGUUGUCCCCCUAGUCCUCACCUUCUUUACGGAAGCUUCAACCCGAGCCACAAGUUCGGCGUACUCCAUUUGAGCUUCGUCGAUAGUGGUCCGAAACAGAAGGAGGCUCUGCUUUAAAUCCCUGGCGAUAGCUUUUGCGUUGAAAAAAAUGGACAAAAAUUGCCUUUACACGUACUGACGAAACUAUAUUGACCCAUGAGUCAGCAGAAUAAAAUUGGCAACUCUAACAGUCGAACUCUUACCGUGAUGGCGAAAACAGUUAAGCUACUCCGUUCAGAAGUGUGCGCGUUCAAAAAACGGUAUUUUGUCGCGUCGAAAAUGGACAUCGUGUGGCAGUUCGUGGACACCGGAUACGCCUGUUCCGGCAUCUACAACAUCUUGGCUGUAUUGAACAACAGUCAGAGAAUUUGAAGUUAUAGAGUAGGCAAUGUAUGUCAUUUUUUCAAAGAUGCUAAUAACGAACACGGGCUGAGGAUGUGAUUUUAGACUUAGAAAAUAUUUCCCACGUUCAGACGGGACAGAUCAGAGUAUAAAAAGAAAGCCCAAUUCCGGACGGCCGACGACCCUUAGUGAAAAGAAGCCCCAAAACAUGCUGAAGGGGAAGUGGCUGCAUCGCUGCACGCGCUUGGCCGGUCGUUGCCACCCGUCCACUAGUCUCAGGACCGCACGCAAUAACGCAGCGACAGCGCCUGAUUAAGAUGGUCAAGUCGAGUUUCCCGGCGAAUCACGACGUGGCGGUUGUAAUAGUGAUGAAAUUUAUCGAACCCUGGAUGGCAACGAUUUCGUAUUUUGCUUCCCCCACGAAGGAAGUGAGCACCGAGGUGAAGUUUAUUUCACAAACCAAGUUUCCCAAGAAGAAGCUGCUGUGGCUGACAAUCAGCGAGAAGAUGAUGUCAAAGCUGCUCUUCUUCCGCUCCGGACUGGCCGUGAACGAGGAAAUUUAUAGUACGAAGUGCCGAAAGUUGUGUCGUCCAUCAAGAAAAACCAUAAGGGCGAAGAAGCGGUAUUCCGGCCAGAUUUGGUGUCGACCCACUACUUGAAGCGAUCUUUGGAGCGGCUGAAUAUCGAUGUGAUACCCAAGUUGGCGAACCCGCCCAAUGUCCCCAAGCUGCGCCUCAUCGAGGAUUUCUGGGCAAACCUGAAGCGUAAGAUCUAUCCCAACAAUUUUGUUGCGAAAACUGAGGUGGAAUUGAUGAACAAAACGAAUAAAGAACUCAAAAACAUGCCUACUUGCAUAUUUCCGUCUGCCAUGGCGAUUGUCCCGGUUAACUGCCGGAAGGCCGCACGCAAGGGCGUAAAAUUUUUUGCAAGUAAGCUAACAGAAUUACCUUUCAUGUACAAUUUAUCAAACUCAAUUAUCUGUCUUAGUUAUUUUUUUACCAUCAUCCAAAAAAGUUUUUGCUUCUAUUCGCAGCGAACUCGAUCGCAUCUAGCUGUUCGCAAAGCGCUGCCACCCUAGGCCGCUUGUCCCUGCUCCUUUCCAUUAUAUCCGGUGUGGCCUCGGCGAUCGCCACCCGCCGACCCGUGGUGGCAUACAGCUCUGCCAGUCCUCAAUAUGUGGAAAAAGCAGAGUGAAAAUCCACCGCUUACGCCCAGCAUGAGCGUUGGGUGUAGCAUAUUUUUGCACCGAACUUCUUUAUUCUGCUUUAUGUUGUGUUUCUUCCGUUACAGAAAAAUGUAUAUUCUUGCUGCUUACACCACAGCUCAGCAAAACAAGAGCGAUGAAUCGUUCUAAUAUGAAGUACGCCGCGGUGUGCACUGCUGAGAUAAAUUCGAUAGUGCUCGAAAAACAAAUAUGCGUGACGAGCGGCUAGUUUUUUUUUUUUUUGUUUUCAAAUUCGAGAUGCAAAGCAAAUAACGCAAUCUACUUUCCUACCCAAGUGCUCCCCUUAUUUAAUAAAUGCUUAAGAGACAUACAGUAAAGGCACUGCAAGGAGCUCUGUUGCUUAGUAAUUUUACAUAAUUUCCUUCCGUGUGAGAAAGCUCACACUAGUUUAUUUUUUCGCUGGAGAGAUAUUUCAGAUUCCACCACGGUGUUUUUCUGAAAGCUACUGAGACACACACGAUUCGCUGCUUUCUUCCAGCAAGUGCAUGACUUUACCCACCAGUACGAGAGCAGUUGUUUUCGCAGUGGAGGAUAUCCUCUUUCACGCUAGUGAUUCUCUAGAAAAAAUAACAAACCUGUCCACAACACUUCUAUUCAAUCAGUCUAACCGACUGAUGAGCCGGAAAUCCAAGGAAAAACUUCAUAACAAGUUUCUGAGAGCUGAAGAAAAAACAUGAGACAUAUUACACUAAGUUUAAACAUAUUGUUCAUGACAACAGACUAUAUAAACAUAAGGUAAAAUAAAAAAAUACCUAACUUUUAAUGACUUAAACAUUCAUUAAGCCAAAGCAAUGUAACAGUUCCAAAAAAUCUGUCGCACGUUUGUAAUUAACAAAAAAUGUUUUUUAUCUUGUUCAGAAUGGUAUGCUAACUUCUAUUCCGGUUAGCAACAAAACUUAAACUCAGCACUUUCAUCAAUCACACCAAAAUAUUAGGAGGAAAACAGCUCUAAUUAUUAAAACUUAUGUAGAGGUAGAAUGUGCGAACCACUUACUUGGCCUCGUUCAAGGUGGAUGUCUUAGGGUAAAACAUAUUUCUUGAAACGAUAAACGAUUUUCUAAGCAAGGUCAAAACAAAACGAGUAAAGACAUAAUAAACUUGAUCAAAUUGCCAAGCCGACAAAAAAUAUUUAUGUGAACUGAAUUUACUUGAAAAGCAGAAAUAUUAAUAAUAAAUUCAGACUAGCUUUUGCAUUGAGCAACAGAGCAAAUUUGGCUGGAGGUUAAAUCUAACCAACGAUUAUUUACAGUUAGUUUUAUUGUCACCAGACAAGAUUUUUUUAGUUUUAAAAUUAGGAUUGUCGAGGAUAUCAAUACCAAAAAAGUGAUGCGAAGAACUGAAAGAAACAGGCAAAAUGAGUGAAUUGAUAGUGCCACCGUGAGCGUACACAAAUGUACCCACUGCCUUCGCAAACAACACCAAAGUCAAUUUCCACCGAACUCAUUGUUCCUUCGCAAUGCGAAUACUGUUCCACAGUGAAAACUAUGCCAACUACGAAGACUCCGGUGUCGCCACCAGUGCGGAUGCCCAUUCGCUGGUAUUUGACGAACCCAACACACCACCGCCAACCACCGGAGGAAAAUGUUCCACCCCGACUGGACCGACUGCACUGGCCGCAGCCUCUGUCAUGGGAUCAGCUGCUGCGGCCGGUAAUAGAGCUGCAUCAGGAGUGGAAACGGUACCAUCAUCGACGUCAGCGCUAUCGCCAGUUCCACCGGGACAGACACGUGCCUCGAGCCGACUGUCAAAUACCAGCACCAGCACGAUUAAACAGCACUACUACCCGGAAGGGGGCUGGGGUUGGAUUAUUGUAGUUGUCGCCAUCAUGGUGCACGUGUUGACCCAUGGACUACACACUGCCGUCGGUGUGAUAAUCAUCGCGACAGGCCGCAGAUUCAGGAUCGAGAGUUUCAUCGAUACAGGAUGGCUUGGCGCGCUCUCGACGGCGGUGGCCCUCUUCAUCUCACCAAUUACGAUUGCAGUGUGCAAGCGCAAAUCUACCCGACUGACGGCGGUCAUCGGCGGACUGGUGACGGCCCUAGGAUGUCUUUUCACCUCAUUCGCUUCGCAGUUUCAUCAACUGUUUUUCAGUUACGGUGCCGUUGUUGGUGUCGGCGUCGGUAUGACUCGAGACUGUUCGACGCUGAUGGUGGCCCAGUAUUUCAAGAGGCGCCGCGAGUUUGUCGAGAUUUUCAUCGUGUCCGGUAGUGGGCUUGGAAUUGCGAUCAUGUCCACGUUUAUCAAAUGUGCAAUUGAUGCCAUCGGGUGGCGCCUGGGGCUACAGGCGGUUACCGGAACCGUGUUCGUUACGUUUAUCCUGGGCACAUGCUAUCGCAGUGCGUCUCUUUAUCAUCCACAGCGGAGGGCGAUUCUGCAUCUCAAGAAUCAAAAGCGCAAAAUCAAAGACAAAAACAAACACGACGAUCGACCACCGUUUUUCGAUUUUAGCACGCUGCGAAGCAAAACGGUGCGAAUAUUGCUCGCAUCGACGGGAAUGAGCGCCUUCGGAAUCAAUACUCCUAUCUUCUACCUCGCACAUCAAGUCGAAAUGGACGGUAUAGGCGAUAAAGUGAUGAUUCUACAGACUUAUCUCGGUCUUGCCUGGACGCUAGGCUGCGCAGCGUUUGGAAUGCUAGUCGUUAGAAAUAGUGUCGAGUGUCGCAUAGCUCGACAAUAUCUGUGCCAAACUGCCACACUGAUGUGUGGAUUGUGUAUCCUAGCGUUGACGGCUGUUCAUGGCAACUACCACGGCUAUGUCAUGUUCGUAUGGAUCUACGGAAUUUUCUGUGGUGGCUACCAUUACUCACUAAAGAUGUACACGUACGAAAAAGUUCGUGCCCGGAAUUUCGCUCGAGCGUGGGGUUUCGUACAGUUCUCGCAAGCGAUCCCGAUAGCACUGGGAGUGCCGAUUUCGGGAUAUAUGAAUGAAGGUGGAUCAGGCAAUGCCGGCUACUACUUCAGCUCAGCCUGUACCGUCGUCGGCAGUCUGUUGAUGUUCCUGAUCGAUCUGCAUCGGAGAAACGUUUCCAGGCACAAGCACACCAGAGCCAACGGAACUCGUCACUUGUGCGUAUCGGAAACAUGCCCUCAACGCAGGAAGCUCUCAUUCUCCCAGGAACCAGACAACGAACCAGGUAUCAUCACAGGAAACACUGCCAUGAUGAUUGGGCCGGAAUUAUUGAUACCUCAGCUAAGCGAUGGAGCUGCCGAGCCGGUUAACGGGUUGGAUAAGCCGGAACUGACCUGCAUAUCGGAAGAGGGCAUUGCUGAUAUGGAUCUUCCCGAUAACCUCCUCGAUGACCUUGACUACGUUGGAGAUUGCAUCACCUCCUGCAAUAAGGUCGAAAACUACCUGAUGUUGAGUGAGUAUGAAAACAAUCUAAGUGCCGAAGUUCCUAUUCUUCUGGACAAACGAGGUCGCCGGUUGUCGCUGUCCAAAACCAAAGCGCUACUUGCAAACCAGCUAAAUAUACAACAUUACCCGGACUGUGCGGCAUUGGAACAAUUGAAUCGUGCCAAUCCGCCUCCUCCGAUUUCCCCAAUAUUGGAACAAACUACUCCCCCGCUAGAGAAGGAACAUCACAAUAAUCGUAAAAACCACCACCACGGACACCACCAACACCAACAUCAUCACCAUCACAGCCAACAACAUCAUCCCGACGGUACCAGCGGAAGUGAACCGGAUGGUGCUGCUAAAACAAACCCUAAGAGUGACAACCUCAACAAUGGCGGCAAACCAUGCCGUCUGAAUCACAAAUGGCGUCCAACGCAGCAAACCGGGACGUUCCUCAGCAAUCGAGUGAUAUCUGUGAUUGACGAAGCCUCCGUGUAGAUGUUAAGGGUUAGACCGUUUUUUUUUCUUUUCUCCUUACGACCAAGCGUCAACACUACCCGAUAGAGAUUUUAGUGCUUUGAUUCUUAGAAGUAUCCAUUUUGUUUUCUGAUAAAUUAGAAGAAUUUUGUUCUGGGACUGAAUAGGUUUAAAUCGUACCUGAUGUGAUCGAAUGUAAGAAAAGUGUUUUCUAAACCAAGUUGACAAAAAAGAGUAAGUAAAGUGAGUCUAAUUAUGUCUAGGAUAAACAGAAAAUUUUAUUGUUGAUAAUAGCAAGUUAUCGAACAAAAGUCUAACCCCUUCCGAAACUAGAUAUCUUUCUUAUCCUCUUUAAAAACAGACAUUUGAACUAUUCACUGAUUGCUAGAAUUAGAAGUUUGUCUAUUAAACUAUGUAAUCCAGUAGUUGUAUCAAUCCGAAACGAUCACUGCCAGAUAGAAAUCAGGAAACAUACAAAAAUUGUGAGCCAAUGUGGUUGAUACGUUUUUCUUUACCUAUUAUAAUUGUAUAUACCUAGAUAUUCUCUUUGUGCUCGCAGCAACAUAAGUCAUAUUACCUAAAACUUGUAGCCUUUUUUUCAGCUAAAUUAAUGCAUCUUGCUUGCUAAGCAUUGCGAUAUUGGUUUUAAAAUACAUAAAAAAGUUGUAUAUUAUUGUACAUGCUAGUGAAUAAAUCAACAAUGAAACAAUAAUACUUGAAUCGCAGUUAAGGGAUACUCUGGAAGUUUGCAGAAAUAUUUAGAUUAUUCAGUAUUGGUACGUGCAACUGAUAUACUAUUUAUACAUAUUUAUUGCUAUAUGAUAUACGGCAGAUUUGUAUAUUCCGCAGGCAGACAGUCAAACCUAGCGAAAAUCUCAGCUGAUUGAAUAAAAUGGAAAAGUGUUUAGCUAAACUUUA